CACCAAUAUAUACCUACAGCUUUAUACGGCAUCCUACUUAAAUACUCUGUACGUCAUACACCAACAGAACCCAAUUCCACCCACCAUACCUAACCGAAACCCCCUCCAGCCCAGCGCCGCAAGUCCCCCCUAAACCAACCAACCAACCUCAAAAGUACACCAGAGAAUCAUCAGAUAAAAAAAUAAAAAAAAAAUACAAAAAAAUGAACCCCCCAAACAGCAACCUCCGCGCCUUCAACCUCGCCGUACAAACCCUCCUCACGAACCCCUCGCAAUUCCUCCCCCACCUCACAAUCCCCACCUUCACGCACCUCCCAGAACACCUAGGCCCAGUCCUACAAGCGCAAUAUCCCAACUACACCCCGUCCCCGCCACAUGCACAUGCACAUCCACAUGCAUCAUCAUCAUCAUCAUCAUCAUCAUCAUCCCCAACCGAGAAAGCAAAACAACCCGACCCUUCCGCAAUCCAAAUCCGCGCCUUGGUCCUAGACAAAGACAACACGCUGUGCCCCGCCAAAACCACCGCCUUCCCCGCGCCAAUCUACGCGAAACUGCUCUCCCUGCGGACCUCGCCCACGUCGCCCUUCAACCAAUCGACCGCCCCGAACUCGAUUCUCAUCGUGUCGAACCGCGCAGGGAGCAGUCCGCGCUACGAGCCCGAGGCCCUGGAGAUUGAAGACCGGCUUUCGGCGCUUCGGAUUCCCGUGUUUCGACUGCCGCAGCAAGCGACGGCGACGGCGACGGCGACGGAGAGUGCAAAGAAGAAGCCGUUCUGUGGGAAGGAAGUGCUGGAUUGGUUUCGCGAGCGAGGGGUGGUGGAGCGGGCGGAUGAGAUUGCCGUGGUUGGGGAUAGGCUGGGGACGGAUGUGUUGAUGGCCGCGGAGAUGGGCGCGUGGAGUGUUUGGUGUCGGGAUGGGGUUGGCGAGGAAAUUACGGGGGGCAAGAGGAAUGUCUUGGAGAAGAUGGAGCUUUGGGUCGAGAGGUAUUUGAGGGAGUCCAAGGGGAUGAAGGCUCCUCCUCCACUCCACCCGGAAGACAAGUAGUUCGCUGGAGUUCAGCAACUUAGAUAGGUGGAUAACCCCCAUGUAAAUAGCAUACCAUGCAUCCACAUAGAUAGCGUACAUACCAUGUACCACCACGCAAUUACUUAGAAAUCUACAAUAGAGAAAGACUGCAUGAA